AUGGACUUCGUCAUACCUUUGCCUCAGUCAGCCCGAGGGAACACAGCACUACUUUUGUUCCAGUGCGCGUUCUCGGGAUUCAUCAUGUGCAAAGCCAUGGCGAGCACUGAGGCCCAGGACGUGGCCGAAGCUUACGAAGAAUGCGUGUUCCGGAGGUCCGGGGCCAGCGAAAUGAUACGCCACGACCGAGACCCACGAUUCAUGGGUCGGGUGUUCAAGCACUUCCGGGAGAUACUCGGGAGCAGACAGCGCGCGACCCUAGCCUACCGCCCCCAGGCUAACGUGCAGCAGGAGAGGUCAGUGCAGACAGUGAUCCGAAGUAUCAAGGCGCACGUCCAGACGGUAGACCAGAGUGACUGGGACGAGUUAGCUGAAAAACUCAUGUGGGCGCUGAACACCUCCUUCGACUUCACCCGACUCGAUACACCAUUCUACUUAGUGCACGGUUGGGGCGCCCAGAGCACCGUGGAAGCCAUGAUAGGAGAUUUUCCCAAGGACGUCCAACUCCGAGACGCCCAAGAGUGGCGCACGAAGAUCCAACGCCAAGUCGAAUACGCUCGAGCCUGGGCCCGGGACCUCCAAGCAAAGGCCAAAAGACGUCGAGCAGAGGACCAUAACCGGAAAUGGAAACAGCUCACGGACCGGCUCAAGGAAGGCUUCGAAGUCGGGGACUCAGUCUGGCUCUACCUAGCCCGAGUCCGCCCCGGACUCACCAAGAAGUUGGCUCAUCUUUGGCACGGCCCGUUCCGAAUCCUGGAAAAAGGUAGCGACUACCGGUAUCGUCUCCAGGUUGAGGGGACUGAAUACCGGUUUUACCCCUGGGUCCAUGUCAGCCGGUUGAAGCCCCGAGCAAAAUACCCAGAUCGGCCCUCGGAGCUAAUGGAUAUCCCGGAGAACGACGAUUUCGACGCCGCACUGCUCCGAGAGGACAGUUGGGAGCCCGAUGAGGGUUCCGGAGAGUUCGAAGUGGAAGCAAUACUUGAUGUGCGUUGGGUCACCCGGACCCGCACUAGUCGGCGCGUCAAAGAAUAUCAAGUGAAAUGGAAAGGGUACGACGUGCCGGACUGGGUCCCUCAGGGACACCUCAAUUGCGGGAGACUCCUCUAUGUGUUCGACCAAGGAGAGCGAGCUCGCGCGCGUUUCCAGGCCAUGCAGUCUGGAGACGAACUCCCGGACGAAGAAGUCCGGUAG